CUCUUCGUUUACAAAUUAUGAUUUCGUUCAUGUGAACUUUUGCGCCUUCUCAUUUUAGUUUGAUUUUCAUUUCGUUUUUGUUUGCUUAACGAUUUCAUAAUUUGACUAGAGACGUGUGGGCCCUUAGUUCACAAUCGACGCAAUUUGGUUCAUCAGAUGACUGUUGGAUAUCCCAUUCUAAAUCAAUUGUCUUCUGUGAAUGGGUGCCAGUAAGCUAGAUCGUGUUUAUAGAAAUUUAGUGCUAUCCAAGUUUUUUGUCAGAGGAUGGGGAAAUCCUGAGAACAUCAAAAGGCUUUUCGAGUUCCGUAAAAUUGUAUCAGAUAGAGAAAAAUGCCAAACUUUAGUUGAUUCCCAGCAUAAAGUUAUUAUAGAUAAGGAAGAAGACCACAAGCAUUACAAAAUCUUAAAUGGCCACUUUCAGAGUCCAUUUGCAUAUCAUCUCCCUGGCUUGGUGCCUGUGGAAUCAGAAACUGCCCAUUUCCAAGUACUGCUACCCAAACAGUGGAAUUGGAGUAGUGGCCUUCAACCAAUGGUAGUGCAGCUUGCAGGAACAGGUGAUCAUUUCUUUUGGCGUCGACGGAUGUUAAUGGGAAAGCCGCUCAUGAAUGAGUGGAACAUUGGCUCAAUUAUUUUGGAAAAUCCUUUUUAUGGACUACGCAAACCCAAAGAGCAAAAACUUUCGUGUUUGCACAACGUCUCUGAUAUUUUCGUGAUGGGUGGUUGCCUUAUUCUCGAGUCGCUCGUCUUGUUUCAUUGGUGCGAACGCAACGGGCUCGGUCCUCUCGGAGUCACCGGCGUGUCGAUGGGCGGCCACAUGGCUUCAUUAGCAGCUUCCAGCUGGCCAAAACCAGUUGUUUUAGUUCCUUGCCUGUCCUGGUCAACAGCGUCUUCUGUCUUUACACGUGGCGUCAUGAGCGGAGCGAUUGAUUGGUCUCUACUAGAGUCCCAGUAUUAUUCUAACCACAUUUACAACGAAAUCCUUGAUAUGGUUCUUCAAUCUCCUCCCAAUGGCGAUUGCGCCUUUGAUGCAGGUAAACAGUUUGCUCAAAAUUACUCACGUCACAUGGGAGCAAAGCUUGGUGCUCAUUUCAUUCCUCCUACCAACGAUCAGCGUUUGACCAAAGCCGUUGAAGAAACAUUCAAUUUCAAAUUGUCGGGGUUGUCUGGCAUUGCCCUUUCGGAAUCCUGGAAACGCCUGGGCAAUGUCACAGCGUCCACUCCACUACGACAGAUGCUUCAACCGUUUUUGAAUGAACGAGUGAAGGGGAUGGAGAAUGCGAAAGCUCGCCAACAGGCCAUGGAAUUUAUGCGUGGCAUCAUGGACGAAUUCACGCACAUAGCAAAUUACUCACGGCCGGUUGAUAGUUCGUGUAUCGUUAUUGUGACUGCCAAUGACGAUGCGUACGUUCCUCGAGAAGGAUGUACUGACCUGAGACAAUUAUGGCCCAAUUCGGAAAUUAGAUAUGUACCGACUGGACAUGUUGCAGCCUACGUCCUACAUCAUGAAAUAUUCCGCCGGGCCGUCAAGGAUGCCUUUGACAAAAUCAUUGCCAAACAUUAUACCUGAACGCGAUUAAUCUUAGUUCGUAAAUUUGAACAUAGAUGGCGUACAUUUUCUGAAAGAAAUUUUGCGUGGUGCACGGGACAGUUGAGGUCUUUUUGUUUAAAUUUUUUGGAUUGAUCGAACAUCAGGUUACUUUUCAGUGGUUUUCUGGAGUAACGUGUAC